CUGCGCGCAGCGACUCUCUCUUUCUCCAUAAGUAGCUGAAGCACAGAAGUCGCCAUCAUGGAUUUUCAGCAUCGUCCUGGCGGUAAAACUGGAAGCGGAGGCGUAGCCUCUGCCUCGGAAAGUAACCGAGACCGCAGGGAGAGGCUGCGGCAGCUGGCUUUGGAAACCAUCGACAUCAACAAGGACCCUUAUUUUAUGAAAAAUCACUUGGGCUCUUAUGAAUGCAAGCUUUGCCUAACGCUGCACAACAAUGAGGGAAGUUACUUAGCACAUACCCAGGGGAAGAAGCAUCAGACCAAUUUGGCCCGUCGAGCUGCCAAGGAAGCUAAGGAAGCCCCUGCCCAGCCCGCACCAGAAAAAGUCAAAGUGGAAGUGAAGAAAUUUGUGAAAAUUGGACGACCGGGUUAUAAAGUGACCAAACAGAGAGAUCCAGAAACAGGCCAGCAGAGCCUUCUCUUCCAGAUCGAUUAUCCGGAGAUUGCAGAAAGUAUCAUGCCUCGUCAUCGGUUCAUGUCAGCCUACGAGCAAAGGAUUGAGCCCCCCGAUAGACGCUGGCAAUACCUUUUGAUGGCAGCGGAGCCCUAUGAAACCAUAGCUUUCAAGGUGCCAAGCAGAGAAAUCGACAAAGCAGAAGGAAAGUUUUGGACCCACUGGAACAGGGAAACUAAACAGUUCUUCCUUCAAUUCCACUUCAAGAUGGAGAAGCCCCCAGCUCCUCCAAACCUCCCUCCAGGGCCCCCAACUGUGAAGCGGCCUCCUCCACCUCCAUUGAUGAAUGGUUUGCCCCCAAGGCCUCCUCUGCCGGACUCCAUGCCGCCGCCUCCUCCAGGAGGCAUGACUCUACCUCCUAUGCCUCCCUCUGGACCGGUGCCACCACCCCCAGUGCCACCUCAGUUGCCACCAGCACCCGGUGUACCUCCCCCUGCUCCUCUGCCACCCAUGAUGAGACCGCCUCUCCCCACGGAGGGGCCGGGCACUAUCCCCCCUCCGCCUCCCUCCAACUGAAGCCCCUCCUGGACUCGGUCCUGCUGGACUCCUCUAGCUCGUAUCUUUUUAUAUGCAGAUCACAACUGAUUCAGAGAAUAUUUCUGUUUUGUAUGCCUGUGAA